AUGGCCAGCAUAGAUACUGUGCCUUCGCCUGGGCUAGAAAAUACAACCGUGAACACUUCCCUCCUCGAUCUCCCAUAUGAGAUCCGCGAAAUGAUCUUUCAACAAGUCUAUGGUCAUCGAGUGGUGAUAUAUCUGCGCGUGCACAAUGCCAGUGCUCCAUCUUCUCAGCAAGCGUACUGGAGAAAGAGAGCUCGCAUGGAUUGGCGAAACUAUAUUGAUUGGAAGGACCCCUGCCCGCAGCUACUUCUUGUCAACAAACAGGUUUACUCUGAGGCACUGGAGGCUCUGGUGCAUGCGAGCGUAUUGGACCUAUGGGGCGCGACUCAGAUAGGCCAAAAGACUGCAAUUCCUGCGCACAUCGCUGAACAUAUAAGAAAUGUUUCUGUCUCAUUCGAUCGAUUGCCGGAUCUGAUGAACGUGUUGCCAAGCUUCAACAGCUUGGAAGCACUAUUCAUCGAUAGCUACAACUUGUCAGCUCAGGACUUUGCAACGGGAUUCCGCUCCUUACAGAGACGACGAGACCACGGUGUUAACCUGGUGAACCAAAUCGAGUCACCCACCAAGGCAUUACGUUCCCGUGAUGCCCUUUGGAUGGUGUUAGCCGAUGUGCUUCUUCACCAGGGUCCUUCAGCAGAUGAAAAUGCGGCACCAGUCAAGGUCUAUGUACGUUCUAUCACCUACGAAGAGGAAGUCGUAUUGCGCGUUACGGACAGCAAGACCCCGACUGAGAGGGUUGUUGGGAUUGUACCCAGGUUUGAGUACAAAUUCCCUCAGAGUAAGGCAAAGGGAUCGUGA